AUGGCCGAAUAUAUUUUCAAGAAUGACUUAUCAGAAGACGAACAAAAGGCAUUACAAAAUUUCCUGGAAAAGCUGAAUACAGAAAUGUUGAGAGCAGGUUUCCCACCUGUGAGCACUGCCACGGCGCUCAAGUUUUUAAUGGCAAGAAAAUUCGACGUCACCCGAUCCACAAAACUUUUCAAAAGACAUUUGGAGGUUCGUGCUAAAUAUAAAAUGUCUGAAAUGAAGCCAUUGGACGAGCCAUUGGCAAAGGAAUUACUGAGUGAAAAACUGACCAUUCUUGACAGGUUUGAAGAGGACAAGCCAGCCGUAAUAUUGGUGAAUGGAAAACAUUACAAACCGGAAGGAAAAGAUCACAUUUAUCUUAUCCAAUCUCUCAUAUUUCAGUUGGAUGAAACACUCAGAAAAACCACAACACAAAGAAAUGGCCUGUUAUUAGUUUACGACAUGACUGGAUCUGGGAGGGAGAAUUUCAACUAUCAACUCAGUCUUGAGAUACUAAAUCUACUCAAGGACGCGUAUCCAGCCAGAUUGAAGAAGAUUGUCAUCGUUUCCGCACCGUUUUGGUUCAAAAUUUCAUUCAAAAUUAUCUCGACAUUUCUCAAUGAAAAAAUCCGCGAUCGGGUAGAAUUUUCCGACGUAGAAGAUCUCAAGGGACAUCUUGAACAAGAAUGUAUACCUAAGGAUCUGGGUGGUAUGUGGGACGUUAAUCAUAGUCUGUGGAUGUCGAGGUGCAUUUCGUCGUAUAACGAAGGAAACUGUGAUGAACCGUGCUUCCACAUGACGGAGUCUAUUGUGAUGAAUGAUGAAAAAGAUAUAGAUUCUCCAAAAGAGUCGUCUCCAAAGAAAGUACCAGACAUCAAUGUUCCCCCAACCGAGUCAAUACGUAAUGAUAUUCCUCAGAACGGAACCUCUGAUGAUGGAAUCCACCAACUUUUGGAUCAUAUGAAAGAACAAGGACCCAGUGGAAUCAAGAGAGAAUUUGAUAGUUUACCAAAAUAUGAUCGUUCAGCAUCAUAUAGCGUUUUCAAAUCACCCAGCAACAGACAUAAGAACAGAUACGUUGAUGUAAUAUGCCUUGAUCAAUCCAGAGUAUAUAUUCCCGCCAUCGAAGGAGACGAAACUACGGAUUACAUUCACGCAAACUUUGUUGAUGGUUACGAGGGGAAGAAUGCUUAUAUCGCAGCUCAAGGGCCUCUUCCAGCAACGUUUGCUGAUUUCUGGAGGAUGAUCUGGACCACAGGAACUGUCGUGAUUAUCAUGUUGACAAAAGAGAUCCAAAGAGGAAGAGUGAAAUGUGGUCGUUAUUGGCCUGAACAGGGAUCAUUUGUGCAGUACACUGAUCUCGAAGUGAGCUGCCUGGAGUGCGUUGAGAAAGAUGAUUUCAUCAACAGAAAAUUCUUGAUGAACAAUACACAGACUAAAGAAUCUCGCACUGUUUAUCAAAUACAGAUGAUAAGUUGGCCUGAUUUUGGGGUGCCUGAUUCUGCCGAGCCCAUAUUCCAGCUUAAAUCAACGGUCGAGGAGCUACAGUCCGCUGGUACUGAAACAUCGCAGGCUCAACGUCCGCCUAUAGUGGUUCAUUGCAGCGCGGGAAUUGGGAGAACUGGUAGCUAUAUCACGAUAAGUAUAGGCAUUGAUUCUUUAUUAACCACGGGGAGGUGUAAUGUUAUAGACACUGUCAAACGUAUUCGCGGUCAGCGGGCGCUUAGCGUGCAGACCGCCGACCAGUAUGAACUGUGUUACACGUCAUUGUUGGAAUACGCAGCGCUGCACGUGACCAGUAUCGCGCCGAAAGAUAAAAUUGAUAUUUUGGAAUUUUUGAACGAUUGGAAAAAAGCGCCGACGGAUGAAUAUCGGUGGUAAAAUGGCGGCUUCGAAUGAAGAUUUUGAAUGAAAUGAAUAUAAUAUGGCGAUAGUUAAACAUAGAGCUAGUUUGAUGUACUAGACUGUCUCAACUAACGAUAAAUUUCAAAUAAUUUAAUGUAAGAUUAUGAAGUCAUAAACGGUCCCUCGCUGAUCUAAUAAUAGACUGGGUUGAUAUAGUAAUUGAACACAGAAAAGAACGAGGUCAGAAUUAAUGGACAUUUAGAGACCAUUUGAAAAGAAUUGGCGCAUCACGUGCACCCCAGGAGGAGUCUAAGUUAAGGCGUUAGUUCGCAUCAAGUUCUGAUUCGUUCCUAAAAUCGUGCAUUCAUAGCGACGCACGUAAGAUAGUACUUUGUUCUGAGUCAAUCCUGGCCAGGUUUUUAAUACAGUUGCUACGUCCAGUGUAAUAUCAGAUCAGUGGUGAUCACAUGAUCGGGUAUAUUGUCAUACAUAAUGCACUAACUUAUUACUUACUAAUACACAAUAUUACAACGUUAUCACAGUUAUUCAUAGCACUGACAGGAUAUUUGAAAAAAUUCUUAGCACGCAAGCGAACGAUACUUAACAUAUUCCAAAUAUUUCGCUUCAAAGAAUCCUGACACAUUCUUUAUCCAUAAUUACCACGUAACCCACCAUACGGCAUAAUAUACCAUUAUCUCAUAUAAAAAAACAGAAAUGAAGUCAUCAUUCACUAGCAAAAUGCAAAUUUAAAAUUUGUAGUUUUAAUUCCUCUACCAAAGUUAUUUAUUAAAGAUGUUAAAUAUUUGUAAAGACGCUGUAAAUUUACCUACAUUUAAAAUAGAUAAAACAGAAAUUAUCUGUCUCCGUUUUUACGCACCCGUGAUUUUAAGAUGUCAUGUGAAAUGCCUUGCCGUGGUGUUUUUUCAAAUCACUUAAAAUGAUCGUGUCUUUUAGUUGUUAAUGCAGUUUAUAAAUAUAAUACAAAUUUGUUUAACAUUGUGACAUAGUUCAUUAAGGCCUUGUCGGAUACUUAGGGUGUUUCCAGGAAUUAGGAUCUAUUGGGUGGGUGGGCGACGUAGUGUCGCCAUUUAGAAACAGUUUUCAUAAAAAAAAAGCCUAGUCAGGCUGUUUAACCUUCCUAAAAUUGAUUUAGAUUUUAUGAUGAGUGUGAACACAAUCUUUUUGCGACAUCUUUUUUAUUAGCCUUGACGACUCUAAUAGCUAUUUCUGGUAAAUAAAUUUAAUGAUUGUUCGACACUUGGAUAUUUUCCCCCAAUUGGGAUUAAAUCUUUCAAAACACCUGGGUGUAUUUGUGGUUCUGACGAUUUACUCAGUCCGGGUCGAACCAACACUUCGCUUAAAAAAAUAUCACCGGCAGAAUAGAUAUGAUUAUCUUAAAAAUGGUCAUAGUCUAAUUUUAACGCUGAUCGAGUUAAAAGUUCAUUCUUUGACCUGUUUUAAUGUUCGGGAGUUCGUGUAUCAAAUUCCUGCUGCGAAAAGAAUUCCGGAAAUAGUAGAAAAAAAGAAUACGAGAUUUCUGACGAGAAUUAACGAUGACUUAAUACGAUAUAGUAUGCAAGUGAGAGUUGCUGAUUGGAAAAGGAUAUUUAACUAGAAAAUACAGCAGGACGUUAUCAGGAUUUGAUUCAUAAAAUUUCCGCUAUAGCUCUUCCAUUCAUUAUUUUCAUCUUGUUGACCAAAUUUCCUUGUUUAUCAUUUGGACGUGAGUGGAAGCAGGAAGAUCCAGGGUGUUUAUCGAGGUCACAGCGUUGACGCGAUUCACGUCAAAGGGAAAUCGUUUUAAUGGGAAUACCUGCUGGAAAUCAUGCGCCAAAAUGAUAUAGACGGAUUUCAUUAAAAACUAUCUGAAAUA